GGCCCUGAAACCCAAAUUUCAGUUAUCUUCUUUAAUACCCACCUUCCACGUUCUCUCUUCACUGCACUGAUGGUCGUGGUCGUGCCUCCUUCAACUGCCAACAACAAAUACAUUCCAACCACGAUCUUCCUCUAAUUUCCUCCAGGAGAAUUAUAUAUUUCAUCAUCCAGUUGCGUCUAGAACUUGUAAUUAUUUUUGAUUCUUUGCUUCUUAAAGUUUCUCAAUUCGUUUCUUCAACUUCGCUAUUCAGUGGAUGUUACAGUGGAAAACUCAUAACUAUCAAUAGUUUGAGAAAGGGUCGUAGUGGGACACGUGCUAGGAUCAUGCUCAUGCAAUUCGUAUAUAGAAAACAAAAUCAACAAAACAAGUUUUGGUGCACUUAUUUCCUCAAAGAAAAUCUUCAUACUUGACAAUCCUUCACAAUCACCUCUUCUAAGGACCGGAAUUCAAACUUGCAUUUCAUUGAGGAAAACCUUGCAAGUGCAGGCAGAUCACGGAGUUGCAAAUGCUUGAGUUCAGUAAAGGUCUUUCUUCACUACUAAGUCUUUCACAUUGGAAUAUUUCAUCGAAGGUAGCUUCGCUCACGACAAGCUUCUCAAGAUUGGGAAGUGACUAGAAGAAGAAAGGAGGAGGAGCUAAUUGCUCUUGAAUGCGGGUGAGAAUGGGAUGGUAGGAAAGGCACAAAAGCAUUAUAAAAGGCUGAAGCACUCAAGAAGCUCUUUGCUAGACAGGAGCCUGUUCUGGAUUUCUAAAAGUACACUGCUGCUGAUGUUUGCAUUGUGAGAUUGAUCAAAAGCUGCAUGUUUGUGAUAUUUGUGGUGCAUUUUUGAGUGUUUAUAACAGUGACUGACAUUUAGUAGAUCAUUUUGGAGGCAAACUUCAUUUAGACUAUAUGCAAAUCCGUGAUAAAUUAGCAGAACUUCAGGUACGCUGAUUUACAUGCUUAGUAUAUUCUGACUGUCUAUGGUGGCUGUGCUUUAAGUGUUACAUUAUAGUGCCUAGCAUCAAAGAUGUUGGUGUAUAAAUUACCUGAACUAUCCACUUACUAUGUCUAUUAUUAUUUUUUUUUAAAUAAUCAGAACUUUAUUUGAAUGCUGUUACCUAAUGGAAUCUAGUAAAACAGCAAAUUAAUACAUCUUUUCUGGAUUCUCUUAUGUUUGUAUUGUGAAUAUGGUGGUCAGGUGCUGGUAUAAUGUUUCUCAUUCUUCUAUACAGAUUUUCAGUUAGUAUCAUCUGUGAAUUAGAGUUUUUCUGACCUCAGAGAAGAAUCGUGUCUCCCAUUUUUCAAUUCUUUUGAUUGUUUGUAGAUGCUGGACUUUAAAACAUAGUAUUUUCUACCUCUCUGUGCAUAUUGGGCUUAAAAUGCAUCAAAUAUGAAAUGUCUUGCUAAAUUGAAUUGGCAUUUAGCUUUUUGAAAAAGCAUUCAGUAGUAUUUGCUGAUUAUUGUUUUCUCACGAAGAGAGAAACAAUAGCUGCAAACCUGACCGGUAUGAUGACAAGAGGUAAUCCUUACGUGGUUUCUUUACCUUUUUCCUUUUGUUACCUUUGGGUGGUGGGGGAGGUGUUGUUAUAUCCCUUUUAUUGGUGGUGUAUAUAGAUCAAAAGUUCUACCUUUUUCUUUACCGGUAUGAGGCGUGACUGGUGCUAGAUGCAUGAAUGCUGCCAUGAAGAAAAUGAAUACAAAACUGUUCUUAGGAGGGUAAUUGUUGUUCUUUGGUACCUAGAGACUAGGAAUUAAAUUAUAAACUUGUGGUUAAAAGCACAAGUAAUUUUAUCAUUAGAUCAUAUAACUGAUGGUUAAGAGGGUAUUUGUUACUUGGUGAUUUGUGUUUGGUAUUCGGUACCAUUGGAAAUGUAAGUUUGCUGAAUUUUACCAUUCCAAUUGCCAUUUCGGCAAUUUUUCAGUUAAGUAUCUAAAAGGAGAAAUAAUAUAAAGAGAUUGAAUUUUA